UCUCCUUUUCCUGACUGCUCUAUGUCCGUUCCAUAGCCAGGAGCCUUAUUCUAGUGCUUCAUCCCAUAAACUUGGAGAGAACCCCUCAAGCUGGCUAAUCCACCAUGGCUACUGCUUCGCCUGACCACAAAUCUGACACUUUAUUUACUUUGCUUGGGCGCAGACCCUUCUGCUUCCUCUCCGGUCACUUUGCGAAUGUAAACGCCUGCUGCUGGUCUGUGCUGUGACAGCUCUCAGCAUCCCGCCAGGGUGUGGCUUCCUGAGGCAGCCUGUUGCUUAGAAUGGAGGAGAUAACAGCAGCUUGUCCUUUCUUCAGAAAAUACUUCACAAAUGUCUGAGUUGCAUCUGCAUCUGGGAGAGAAGGAGCAGCUGGCUUUGGUUUGGCUCAGCUGAAGUUCCCCAAAGUAUUUUCAGAAAUUCUUAUGACCACUACACUUCCUCGAGGGCUUUCUCAACCAGCUGAUCUCCAAAUGAGUGGCAAGACACUAGCUAAACCUAACACCCCCCCUUGUGCGGACCGUGUAACUGAACUCGGAGAGUAAGCAGCUCAUGACAAUGGCAAACUAUCGGUUUAUUUCCAUGGGCUUCCAUUUAUCACAAUGGUAAUCCUGAGUAGAGAUCAGCUAUUUUGAUUCCUGCUAGGUCCCAAGCCGAUGGCUUAUUUUUCAGCCCAUUUCUAUAGGCUGGCUUGUUAUGCAGCUUAGCAUCUUCUGCUGCUGAUGAUGAAAUGCUACUAACUGGCUAAUUUUGAAUGUUGCUCUCAGAUGUUAACGUGAUGCAGUUUAUUCUCCCUGGGAAGGUCCGGAUCCUGCUUGGAAAACAGUGGCAAACCUCCUAAACCCUGACCCACAAAAAGAGAGGCUGCAACCUCCAGGGAGAAGGAGAGAGACCAACGCACAGAGAGAGAGAAUGGCUGUUGAGAGAAAUGAGACAGAGGAACAAGGGAGGGGAAGAGAGAUUCAGAGCUGCUCCUGCAGGAGCUAGGUGUCUGGACUUUCUUGUGUUAAAGUUGCAGAGCAUUCUGAAUAAAGAGCAAGUCUUCCUUGGGACCCACUGCUGCCUCUCAAAAACUGACCUGGCUGUGCGUGAGCUGCUCUGGCAGAUGUGGAACUGCAGGAUUAAUGGAGACGUGAUGAAAGCUUAGCCAGCCCUCUGGCAGGCAGGACAGAUGCUGCCUCAUCCCUGACGAUCCGCAAUGGAAGUGCCCAGUACCAAAGAUUUCCAAUGGAAAACCCUCGCACCCCUCCCCAGCGGCAGGGUCUACUGCUCGCUGGUGGAGGCAGGCGGCCAGGUCUUUGCCAUCGGAGGCUGCGACGACAACGGAGUCCCCAUGAACUGCUUCGAGGUUUACUCCCCCGAAGCCAACCAGUGGAACUCUCUCCCUCCCAUGCCCACGGCCCGGGCCGGAGUAGCCGUGGCCACCCUGGGCAAGCGGAUCAUGGUGAUAGGAGGGGUCGGGAUGAACCAGACGCCCUUGAAGAUAGUGGAGAUGUACAACAUAGAUGAUGGCAAGUGGAAGAAGAGGAACUCCUUGAGGGAAGCCUCGAUGGGCAUCUCCGUGACGGUGAAAGACUACAGAGUCUACGCGGCUGGCGGGAUGGGACUGGACCUGCGGCCUCACAACUAUAUGCAGCACUACGACAUGCUCAAGGACAUCUGGGUGUCACUCGCGACCAUGCCCACGCCCAGGUACGCUGCCACCUCCUUCCUGCGAGGCACCAAGAUCUACGUGCUCGGUGGGAGGCAGUCCAAAUACGCCAUCAAUGCCUUCGAGGUCUUUGACACAGAGACCAGGUCAUGGACCAAGUUCCCCAGCAUCCCCAGCAAAAGGGCCUUCUCCAGCUUCGUGCCCACGGAGAACAACCUCUUCAGUCUCGGGGGGCUGCGGCAGGGCAGGCUGUACCGGCAGCCCAAGUUCAUGAAGACUGUGGAUGUGUUUGACAUUGAGCAAGGUGGCUGGAUGAAGAUGGAACGCUCCUCCUUCCUAAAGAAAAGGCGAGCGGACUUUGUCGCUGGCUACUUGAAAGGAAGGGUCAUCGUGGCCGGGGGGCUAGGGAACCAGCCAACGGUCCUAGAGUCAGCUGAAGCCUUCCACCCAGGGAAGAACAAAUGGGAGAGCCUGCCACCCAUGCCAACCCCCCGCUGCACCUGCUCCAGCAUCGUGGUGAAGAACUGCCUGCUGGCCGUUGGCGGAGUGAACCAGGGCUUGAGUGAUGCAGUGGAGGCACUGUGCGUCUCUGACUCCUAGCCACCCCCUUUCCAAUUCCCACCCCCUGGCAAGUCCAGCUCUGAGAUCCUGGGAAAGUGGCAGUGGCAGUGAUGCUGUCAGGAUCAGCCUUGCGUAGUUUGCACCCUGCUCUCUCCUGCUGCACCUCUAGCUGCCUUCACAGGACGUCCCGGGGAAGGUAGGCAGCACCCCACCCUCGUGCGCACACCUCUGAAGCGAACGCUACUCUGAAGCUGUUGGCCAGCAGGGGCUCCUGGUCGUCUAUUAGCCAGUCUCGGUACCCAGGGGCAUCACCCCUUCAUCUCCACCUCCAUCCAGGACCCCUCGGUCCUAUGCCAGCCCCGAAUUGCUGAAGAACGCACCAGCCUUGUACCGCAGUGCGGGAGAUUGACCAGCCUAGGAGGAGCACUUUGGUUGGGGGGGAUCCACUCUGACCACCUGCAAAGGUCCAAGAAGGAGCUUGGCUGAGAAGAGCGCCCCAUGAAGUCAGAACAUCGUGUACCCCGCCAUUGGGAAAGGACCCUUUAGAUCAGGGUAUGCCGGGGCUACGUCCUCAUACUCUACUAUGCUUCUCUAACCGUGGCUCAGAGCUGCAGCGCUCACAUGAAAACCCCAUGUAGCCAGACACGCUGGUUAAAGAAACCCCACUGACUCCAUUGUUUGGGUGGAACCAGCCUUCCUGUUCUGUUGUGACAUUAUGCUUGCCAAGCACCCAGGGUGCAAGACAUCCCUCCCGGCGCAGAACCCCUUGGCGAGCUACAGAGGAACUUCCUAAUCAUAUAAGCUAGAAUGGAUGGUGAGCGCCGUCAGCCAGAGAGGAGCCAGUCCAUGUCUGGAUUGACAGCAACUUCAUUGCCCAUUAACUUGUAGAUUUUGCCCAUUGCUUGUGCCCGGAGCUGAAGCCAAGCGUUGCCAGCACUCCUGGGCGUGCUCUGACAGAUGGAGGCAUGGAGGGCUAGUUUGAGGACUGUUUGAAGCAAAUGGAUGAUUCUGCAUUUAGCAUAGAACAGGCAGAUCUGCCUUCACUCGUUCUGACACAGAGAUGGGGCCGAGCUGCAACAUUCAGAUCUGGUUCCAGGUCGGGAUUUUAAUGCCCAUGAUGCUCCGGGGUGUUCAGAUCCAGGAUUUCACGUUGGUUCACUUCACAGAUAAAAGACCAUUUGCAAAACCUUGACCCCGAGCUAACUUUGGAUUUCCAACACUCCGAGAGUUUAGGGGACGGCUUUGGACCCACCUCUACGUACACGCGUCCCACAGAGAAGCCAGAAUGCAACAGUGGUCUCUUCCUUUUCCUUGGUUUUGUUUAAAUUUGUAUCUGUGGUUUGUGGCCAAAUGCUCUUUGAUGGAUGGGUUGCGAUUCUUGCUCAUAGCAGCAGCACAAUUAAAACCUGUAUUCGCUGAGCAAAGGCUCUCUGCAGUCAGAGAUUCUGUAGGUUCCUCCCUGCUACAGAGGGAUCAAACUGGGGAGCUGCAAAGCUGGGGCAUGGACUAAAGGGAGGGGGAGCCAGCCUGGGAAAUUCUUAUUGUCUCUAGCAAGCGUACAGACUGACA